AUGAUUGUCUUACCAGAUACACCACCAGUGGCUAUAAAAUUUAAAAACUCCAAAGUUUCUCCACAAUUGUUAUCAGUACGAGCAGCAAUUGAGCUCCAACAACAAGUGACUGAUAGCACCUCCUAUUUGAUUCAUUUAGAAGAGUAUUUAAAGUGUUUAUUAGCCUAUAUAGACCAAAAUGGAACCGGGAACUCGUUUGUGCUAUGUGAAGGUAUACCAUGGACAAAUGUUAUCUCUCCAAAACAAAGGAAGAUACCAAAAUUAGGGUCAAGCACCGACAAUAAGAUUACCUGGACAGCCCAAAAUGAAUUGUACAUGACACUUAUCGGAAUAACAUUGACAUAUUUGAAAAAAGCUGCAGAAAUGACCAAUGCAAUUAUUGACGAGGAAACAGAUAAUGUGGGGCAAUUUAAUGAGAAUUGGAAACAUAUCAUGUCUUAUUACAAAACUGGGAUAUCUUAUAUUUUAUAUGCAAUGAAUUUACCACCAGUGCAACAACAAGAACCUCCACAACUCCAAAUGAACAAUGUCUUGUUGAGUAUAAUUCAUAAAAUAUCUCAAGUAUCCAUUCAAAUAGUUAUUUUGAUUAAAUUUUCUUGGAUCAAUAGAAACUCGUUCCAAUUCAAAGGAGAAACAAUACAAACAGAAAACAAUUCCACAUUAUCAAAAGUGGCUAUCUACAUAUUACAGGAGUUAAAAGUGAUAAAGAAUUUGAUUAAUGGGAUGGAAAAAAGUGAACAGGACUUUACAUUAGAUUGUUCACAUUGGAUAAAGUAUUUGAAUGUAAUUGAAAAAUACAUUAAUGGAUAUGCUGGAUUAUUUCAAAGUUUACAAAUGUACAAGGAGGACAAAUUAGGCCAUGCCUUAGGUUUGGUUCAUUUCAGUCUCUUAUCUUUACAAAGUAAACAAGCUGUCAUUACAGAGUCUACAAAAUCAACCAAAAAUAUAAUUCGCAAUGUGAGAAUGAAAUUCAACAAUAAAAAGAAUGAGAUGAUACUAUCUAACUUGAAUUCAGUUUCAAGUUUGCAGAUUGACAAAUCGGCAUUUAACGAGAAAUCUUCACCUUCAUCUAGAUUAAUUCUCAAUGACUUGAAUUAUCUUUUUGAUCAAUUGAUCAAACUAAAUCUCAAGUUUACUAAAGAAAACAACAAUUUGAAAUUUGAUACUAUAGUUAAAUGGCUGGAUAUAUUUGUUGACAGCAAAUGGCCCACUGGCUGUCCUAUCCCCAUUUCUGAAAUUAAACCCUAUGAUCCCCACCCAAACCAAGAAGUAACUGAAGUAAAACUAGAUUAUACCGGUCGCGGAGCAUACUACUAA